AAUGGAGAAUUUGGAUUGGAAUGAAACUCCGUUUAAUUUUGGAUCUUCAUUUGAUCCAAUACAUGUAAUUUCAAAUUGGAACAUGCCACAACGCCAAGAAGCUGCUAAUAGAUUGGCUGCUGAUUCUAUGGCGGCUAAAGCCGGAGCAGCAGAUCUAACCCGGGACUGUACUGAUGUAGGCUUUUCUUCUUCCCCAAUACUCAAUAUGCCUAACAAUUACAUCAGUGAUAAUAAUCCAUUAGGCCUAAUGUCCGAUUUCGGUGUCGAAAUUGUUAAGCCGGCAACUGGGCUAAUCUCCAAUACUGUAUCUCUAGAAUCCAUUGAUUGUUUAUUAUCAGCAACCACCACCAACAAUACGGACACAUCAGUCGAAGACGAUGGCAUGUCCGUAAUUUUUGCUGAUUCGAAUAGCUUGUGGAAUUCCGGAGAGUCUGCCGGAAUUAAUCCGCCUGCAGGUUAUCAACAGCUUUUGACCUGUCUGCCUACUGACCAUAAGAUACAGGAAGAAGAACAAAAUCAAAGAAAACGAAAAUCUUAUGAACUAGAUGAAGCAGUUUCACAAUCAUCUCUGGCGAAUUCUUCGAGCGAGUUCAAUCUAUUCCAGUCAAAUUGUGGUAAUUUUCAGCUAAUUUCGGAAAAACAAUCCAAAUCCAAGAAGGCGAGGUUAAUUGAGACGAAUAAGCGUCCAAGUUCAUCAAACAUCAAUUUCCAACAAGCUAGUUCAUCAGUAUCGUCAAUUGAUCAAGAGCCCGAUCCGGAGGCGAUUGCACAGAUGAAAGAAAUGAUAUACCGAGCUGCAGCAUUCAGGCCGGUUGAUUUCGGUGCUGAAGCACUAGAAAAGCCUAAACGGAAGAAUGUAAAGAUAUCAACGGAUCCUCAGACAGUGGCGGCGAGGCAAAGGAGAGAAAGGAUAAGUGAAAGGAUUAGGGUUUUACAAAGGCUAGUACCAGGAGGAAGUAAAAUGGAUACAGCAUCAAUGCUUGAUGAAGCAGCAAAUUAUUUGAAAUUUUUGAGGUCACAAGUGAAAGCAUUGGAAGUAAUAGGGCAAAAACAAGAUCCUUUUACUUCAAUAGUACCAUUUAAUUACCCAAUUCCCAUGCAAUUACCACAUUUUCCACUACAAAACCCUACUCAAAUUCAUCGACCAAAGAGUUGACAUGCUUUUUUUUUUCU